AUGCCAGUAGGUGAUGUCAAAUGGCAAUCUUUCAAGGUCCAGUACAUGGGGGAGAAGCCAGCACACGAUGUACCACCCUGGAUGACUGAAUCACAUGAUGUCAUUUGCAACUUGUUGGCAAACCCAGAUUACACAACAGAAAUGGACUAUCAGCCCUACCAUGAGUUCUCAACCGACAACAACAAACAUCAAUGGCAAGAUUUCAUGUCUGGUGACUGGGCUUGGAAUCAAGCUGAUAUCAUUUCUCAAGACUCAGAUACAGCUGGCUCAAUGUUUGUGCCAGUCAUUCUUGGAAGCGACAAAAUGACCAUUUCAGUUGCAACUGGUGCCAAUGACUACUAUCUGCUGUAUGCAUCAAUUGGGAACAUUCAUAAUAACGUUCGACACACACAUCAUGAUGCUGUUGCCAUUAUUGGUUUCCUAGCUAUGCUGAAGACUACCAAGGAGCAUGUGACCUGCCCAAAAUAUCAGAAGUAUUGCUGGCAAAUGUUUCACUCAUCAAUAUUGAAGAUUCUUGAGAACCUCAGGCCAGGUAUGACAAAACCAGAAGUUGUGUGUUUUGGUGACAGUGUCAUAUCCCACAGGCACUAUCAGUGUGUUAUCUAUGGGCUUGGACUGUAUAUCGCAGACUAUGAGGAGCAGGUCUUAUUGGCAUGUAUAGUGUGCUCUUGGUGUCCAAGGUGCAUGUCACACUGCAAAGACUUGGACUCCAAGUUGUUGUAUUGCAAUCAUGACCAUACAGAAGCACUUAUUGAAGAAGUAAUUUCUAGUGAUUUGUGGGAUGAGUUUGGGAUCAUCACUGACCUUGUUCUUAUUGCACUGGACAUCCUACAUCAAUUGAUUAAAGGUAUGUUCAAGGACCAUUUAGUCGAGUGGGUGGGACAAUAUCUGCACCACAUGCAUGGCAAGAAAAGAGCAGAGAAAAUUCAAGAUGAUAUAGGCCGAGGGUUCAAACAAUGGACCAGCGACAAUUCAAAAGUGCUUAUGAAGGUUUAUCUCCCCACCAUUGAAGGUUAUGUCCCAACAGACAUGGUGUGCACAUUUUGUGUGUUCCUCGAAUUUUGCUAUCUCGUAUGGUGUAACAUCAUCAUGGAAUUGACACUUGUUCGUAUCCAGGACACUCUUGACCAAUUCCAUUGUUACAGGAAGAUUUUCAAGUCAACAGGUAUGAAGCACAUCAAAGCUGUCAAGGAACCAUGGAGGUGCUCAAGUCCCUAUCAUGCCCUUGGUCAAAUGCUGGUAACAAAUCAGCACCUUGACAAACUGGCAGCAUCACACAUCAAUUUCAAAAGCUCCAAUGAGCCCAAUGAGAACACCAUCACGCUAUCACCUGACUGCAACAUCACUAUCCAGGGUGACAACAAAGAAGGCGAAAUUGUUGAUGGACCAACAUUAGUCCAGGCCCACAUUCAAUUAGCAAAGACACACUGUAAGCCACUUUCUAUCCCCUAUCUCAACAACCUCCUCCACCAAUUCUUAUUCAAACAAUUACAUCUGGACAACGAAUGUUCUCCAUCUGAUGUCCUGCUCACACACUGCCCUCAAUUUAAUGGGAAAAUUCAAGUGUUCAAUUCUGCAGCUUCGAUAUUCUAUGCGCCUCAUGCAACCUUAACAGCGCCUAGCAACCGCAGUGGUAUCGGUGGCAUAAAUGAGGCACUGCAAUAUGAUUGUGUGUUUGUGAACACAGAUGCAGCUAUUGAAGGGAUGGGGGGAAUGGACAUAGGCCACAUCAUGGGCUUUUUCUCUUUUACAUUCAAGGCAGUUUCAUAUCCAUGUGCUGUAGUGCACUGGUUCAAGAAGGUCAAUGAUGGACCUGACAAGGACACCAGCAUGUGGAUUGUCAAACCUUCAUAUGAUACUGAUCAGUCCCCACUAGUUGGAAUCAUACAUGUUGAUUCCAUUUACCAGGCUGCACACCUCAUUCCAAUCUAUGGCAUGUAUGCCAUCCCAAAGGACCUCAAGCACUAUGACUCUUAUGAUGCCUUCUGUGCAUUCUAUAUAAACAAAUUUGCAGACCAUCAUGCAUUCAAGAUCACAUCUUAG